CUAAAAAACAAAAACACAGAGAAGCAUUAUCUAUGUAUAUAAUGCCUCCAAGGCUGCUGCUGCUGCUGCUUUCUUCUACCUCUCGCUAACCCAACUUGCUCAGAAGCAAAAGAAUUAUGAGAAUCAAAUUUGUGAAUCUGCAUAUGCUCCCGUGGUGCCUCCAGAUGAUGGGGAACCACAUCUCGUGCGUCCAUAUGAGGCCUGCACAGCCACCCGCCGCGACCGUCAAACUCAUAAAAUCAGAUGGGCUUGUGAACACCUAUGACCGCCCCAUCCACGUGUCGGAGCUUUUAGAUGAGUACCCAAAGCACUUGGUAUGCCGCUCCGACUCUUUCUUUAUAGGGCAGAAGAUCCCUGCGCUUUCAGUGGACGACCAGCUUGUGCCCGGCCACAAGUAUUUUCUCCUCCCCAAACAUUGUUUCCAGUCUGCGCUGUCCUUUGUCACCAUCGCUUCCUUUGUCAGCACUUCCAAGCUUCCGCAGAUGCCCACACAGUCUCUCCUGAAGAAGGCAGCCACUUGCCAAGCCUUUGAUAUUCAGAAGACUCCAUCUGGGUGUCUCAGAAUAAGAGUUUCGGAGGAUUUCAUAUCUGAGUUAAUGGAAGAGAGUAAAUCCGUUGAGGAAAGCUGGAGCAGAGUUUGCACCACUCCUGAGCUACAAAAACACUAUGGGGUGCUUGUUAGAUCGCGUCAAUGGAAGCCCAAACUGGAGACCAUCAGGGAGAAGAACAAGAGGAAGCUUUCUUCCUUUGGAAUGAAGAAAUCUCAGUCCAAAGUCAUUUCAUCCGAACACCAUCUCAACACAAAAUCUUGUUCCAAAGUCACACAAAAGCCUACAACUAUUAAAUCUUUAUCGGACCCAAAACAUUGUUCCAAACCCCACUCCAAACUCGCGCAAAUAUCUAAAUCUGCAUCGGAACACCAUCUCUACCCAAAACCUACUUCCAAAUCCAAGUCCAAGAUCAAGAUCAAAUUAAGAAAACAAUGAAGGUUGCUUACUAACUAAUAUAUAUCGUCUCCUCAUUUAUCUAUUCAUGUAAUGAUCCCUGAUCUACUUUGUAAAACUGGUCAAUAGUCCCACUAAAUUUUUGAUACUAAAGGAAAAAAAAAAGGCAAGCAUUCUGAACAGUAAAUGUUUUAUUCUCAA